CAGUAAAUUUCUGAAAUCACGUGCUUAUCGUCGUACAGUAGACAUCUUAAUUUAUUGCUUUUUAAUAAUUUGGUGAUAUUUUUGAUUGCUUAUCAGUGAGAUUUCGUGAUAAGACUCAAGUGAUUAUGUGACAUAAGAAAAGGAGCUGGGUUGAGUUUCGUCACCGCUUCCGCAAUUGCAUGUGAUUGAUAUAAAACACGAGGUGUGACAGAGUGUAGUGUUAUUUGUAUUUUUAUUGAUCCGAGCGGUGGUGACAUACCCGAGUAGGAAUAAAAAUGAUGUUGGAGCUCUUGUAAUCUGAUGUAUAAACAAAACAAAAAGACUCUACCGUGCUGCUCCAGAGAUCCACGUUUUUGCUAAUCCCGAUCUAGCUUCCGGCGUGGACGACACCGACGACUACGAGCUGGCAGUUAGUUAGUGUGACGGCUUAUGGUGGCAGAGAUUCGCUAGGGAAGAAUAAAUACACCCGAUUAUGCUGCAAAGAGCUAACUAAACAGUGACGGAUUUUCGUGUGUGUUUUCUUCUGGCAAGGAUUUGGAUGGUGAUAAUUUGGUUGUAGUGUUUGGUGUAGAUUAUUUUCAGUGAACCCAGCAGCGUGCUGCGAUCGAUGGGUGCGAGCUAGUGAUGCACGGUUGUGUAAAAUACAUCAUCCUUUGUCGCAAGCAAAGAGAAUAGUUUCCUAGGUUGUGGUUGUUAGUAUUCAACGGAACCUGAACCAAAACAUUCAAAAUGGCUACAAACGAAAACCAUAAUUUGCUGGAUUCCAGGAAAAAUGGUUCCAUUAGUGUAGUUGGAGGAAAAGGGCUCAGCCAUGAAACGGAAAAAGCACCAUUCCUUCCUGCGCAACCCGUCCGGCUUACCCCGGCUUGGGAGGAAAAUAACCUGCCCAACGAUGAGCUUAAUUUCAAAGGGUUGACCAUGGAACGGGCCAACAUGGAACUGCAUCCACCCCGGGACAAACUACUACUCGUCUUCCUGACGCUCAUGAUUCACGGCGUCGGCACGCUGAUGCCUUGGAAUAUGUUUAUCACUGCCAAAUCGUAUUUUGUAGAUUACAAGCUCAAUCAGAACUAUACUGGAGUGGAAUCCGAGUAUGGUACCUAUUUUCUGUCCUACGUUGGAUUUGCGUCGCAGGUUCCUAACCUACUGUUCAACUGGUUGAACAUUUUCAUGAAUCUUGGAGGAAACCUGACGAAGCGCAUCGUCUACAGUAUCCUGGUUGAGGUGAUUGUGUUCGUUGUGACGGUGGUGCUGGCGAUGAUCGAUUCCUCCGAAUGGCCGGGCGCCUUCUUCUGGAUCACCAUGAUAACGGUUGUAAUUUUAAACAUGGCCGGCGGCAUCUAUCAGAAUACCGUGUACGGUAUGGUGGCCAAGCUACCAUUCAAAUACACCGGAGCAGUUGUGCUCGGAUCGAACAUCAGCGGUACUUUCGCAUCAAUCAUUGCCAUCCUCAGCUCACAGUUUGCGUCCUCGGUGCGAACCGCCGCUAUUUACUACUUCAUCACGGCGAUGUUUGUGCUGUUGCUGUGCUUCGAUACCUACUUCGCAUUGCCUUUGAAUAAAUUCUACCGCUACCACGAAAUGCUGAAAGAAAAAGAGGCCGAAACAAACAAGCGAGCCGGGAUUAAUGUUGAUGGCCGACCUCCCUACUGGACCAUUUUCAAACAGGCGUUCCCGCAGUUGUUCAAUGUGUUCUUCGUCUUCUUCAUCACGCUGUCGGUAUUUCCGGCGGUGCAUUCAGACAUCAAACGGCUCGAUUCCGAGUUUUUGGUUGGGGACGAUCUGUACGUGACCAUAACAUGCUUUCUGACCUUCAACGUAUUUGCCAUGCUGGGUAGCUUAACAACGUCCUGGGUGACCUGGCCCAAACCGAAACACCUGGUGUGGCCAGUGGUACUCCGUGCCGUGUUCCUUCCACUGUUCCUGUUUUGCAACUAUCGUCCACUUGGCAUUGAACGAGUGCUUCCGAUCUACAUCGAUAACGACUGGGUCUACUGGGGAGUGGCCGUCGUGAUGGCCUAUAGUUCCGGUUACCUCAGCUCUCUGGGUAUGAUGUACACCCCGCAAUCCGUUGAAUCGCAGUACGCCGUCACGGCAGGAAUGUUCGCUGCAGCCAUGCUUAUCACUGGCAUCUUCUGUGGCAUACUGUUCUCGAUGGUUUUCCCAAUGAUCGUCCGGUACAACUUCCUCGAGUGGUUGCACUAGGGCUGGCGCUGGGGCGUUGGCAUGCUGACAUUGGACAGCUAGAUCAACCCUCUGCCCACGUCACCAGGCAUCCCUCGGGGGAUGCAACUGGUGAGCGUUGCACUCGACAGGUCAUCCGCUCUGAGGGGCAACUCAUUCUUAUGCUCAAUUUUUUUUUAAAUUGAUUCUAAUUUUCGAUUUCAUGUUUUCAUUUGCGUUCACCCCUGAAAGCUAAACCAAAUUUUCAAGCAAAUCCACUCCUGAUGAGAAAACAGGUAUACUUGGCCAGCAAUUAAACCAAAAUUUAGAGCGACAAUUCGUCAAAGAUUAACUUUAUGAAACGAUAUCUUCAAAUAGAAAAAAUCAAAUUUGAAACCGCAAACUGAUAGAUUACUUUUAAUUUGUAAUUGAUUUAUCGUAGUGUUUUAUAAAGUUUACAUCCUAUUCGUAUAGCAAAGUAAAUCAAUUUACUUUCUGUUCGUAGGAAAGACUUCAUUAAAGUUCUCAUUUUUUGUAAACCAUUGCUUUAGCCUUUUAGUUGUAAAAUAGAUUUACUUUAAUUAAGUUCAAUACAGUUUAGGUUUGUAGUACUGUUGCCGUUUUACUAGAAAGUAUAUUUUUAUACAAAUGUGUAAUUCUUUUCACACUUUCUUGAAGAAUGUUCCAUCAUACGAUUUUACACCAAUCUGACAACCUCGCAAAAUGAGAAGGAUGAAUUUUGUUUAACAAACCAACACAGUUGCAACAAGUAUCGACUUAACCUUUAUACGUAUACGAAAUUGUAGUGUGUGCGAGUUAGAUUAUUUAACCUGGUUUAACCUCACUUUCCUAGCGGACCCCACACGAGACAAGGAUAUUGUCAAUAAGAAUAUUGACAAAAAGUUUUAUCAAUCUAUCAAUCCUAUUUAAAUUCUACAGAAUCAACAUUUUCAAAAUGACCUUACACCAUCAAUAUAUUGAUCAAUAUAUUAUUUAUUGUUAAUAUUUCUGGUCGUGUCGUGCAAUCAAUUCAACCUCAAAAUCUCACUAAUACAACCAGCCCGCAAACCAUGGUAAGAGGUUAUCCGCUGUAUUCAAAUCCAAGUAGGGCUAACACGAACUUAUUUUAACCGCGGGUGAGAUUCAUUAGACAUUUCCGGGUGGUUGGUCUAGAUAAAAGAAAUUCAUCCGUUACAUUCAAGUCAUCAAGCUUACAAUAAACGCAACUGUCAGCGCUAAUAUGAAAACAACAAAAAAUUAUACUAUUUCGUCUAAUCAUCAAAAUCAUUCUGCGCAAUUUCUCAAACGAACAGGUACGGACCGCCCUAUCUUAUCCAACCUGAGCUGGCAAGCAGCGCUUGAAGAGUCUUUGUUGGUGUCAGUGCAGAAACGCUUGGUACUAGCAAUCCAGUACACCUGCUCCUGUUGCGUUUAUUGAACUUGGGGUACAGUCAUUCCCUUGGGCUGCUCUCUUCGUUACACUUCCGUGGACUCCUGGAUGUUUCAAGAAAUUAUCCGAAAUGACUCACCUGUUGGCGAUGGACAUUUGUCGGCCAUUUAUCAAUUGUCCCAAAUUGUGUCCGGCGAUUGAGUCAUAGUCCACAAAAGUCCUGGCGCAACAACGGACUCAAUGUUUGCAGCAUCCUAACCAACAAGACUAGGAGCCCUCCCUUGUUAACACGAACCAACUACCAACAGAUAUUCAACGCCUAAUACCGUACCAAGCAGGACGGCUGAGUGACCAGUUAACAGAAUCCUGGCGGGCCUCGCACUUUGUCUCCAACCAAUGUACUCGGUCAUAUUACUAGAAACAGCGGCAAUCGUGCUCACCAUCUCCUACAAGCCAGACGAUGUUUCAGUCGUUAUCAGCCCUCAGAGUCUUCGUAGCUAUCCGAAUUGCCUGUCAUUAUGCUAUCGAAGAAAAUGAAAAGGUCGAGCAACUUCUUGCUCUGAUUCGAACUGCUCGAGUUACGAAACGACAGUGAUAGCAGAACGCACCAAAGAAUACUAUCCAGAUUUCCUACGCGAUUUUCAAGCGAUACUCAUCCACAUAUUCAACGGUUACAUAUAUAGUUACAUUUUUUCUUAAUUUCUAAUAUGUAGAGUAGAAUGGGGUCAUAUAGGCAUAGGGGUACAAUAGGUAUAUAGCAAUAUCUUUGCUACGUUAUUGCCGAGGUCGCUCGUGCUGCGUGACUUAGAUACAUGGUACAGAACAUCGUUGCCGACUGUCAUUUAGGCUGUUGCUGUGGAUUAGCUGUAUUAGUUACAGCGUUGUUUAUGUUUUCGCGUGGAUGACAAUGUGCGCAAAGGGCGCGCUGAUCUGCUGUCGUCUGGGUUGCCUUGCUGAGCUGAUCUUGUAAGUUGCAUCAACGUACCCCUACUCGUCAGGCUAGUGCUCUUCAGCCUCCCUUAUCUAACGCACGUCCAACACAGCAAGCUUAGCUACCAGUUCACGAAGUAUGCCUGUUGUAGUUUGUGCAUCAGCCAUCCUUAUACGUCCGUCUGGUCCCGGAAAAACUUAAACGACACGAUUCCUUAUCCACCCAUUGCGCACAUUCUCAUCCACAAUCACCACCAGCUCUUCCACCUGUACUGGCCUUGUUUCUUCGUACCAUUUUGUUCGUCUUGUUAAAACUGGAAGGUACUCCCGGAUCCAACGCUUCCAAAAUAGAUCCGUCAAGUGUUGCACGUGUCUCCAAUUGCAGCGCAGAGUUAAUAUUACAUCAACCGGCAUUGUUGAAGGUUCAGAAAUGCCGUUUGAACUCAAAAUCUGAAAACGAUUAUGAGUCAAAGCCUCCUCAUCUGCAGCUUCUAGUGUCAUGAAUGUUAGGGCUCGAGAGUUAAUGAUGAACUCCGCUUCUGCUAACAGCGUAAUUAAUGAUUCAUCAUUGGGCUAUUUAUCCAUUAGAAGAGCAAAGAUUGCCAUUUUAACCAUUCGUUCCCAUGCUCCACCCAUAUGAGAAGAAACGGGUAGGUUGAAGCGCCAACGGGUGUUCGUAUUCGUGAAGAAUUUCCUUCUCUAGGUCUCUACUGGCCCCUAUGAAAUUGAUGCCCAUAUCCUGGAUAAUCUCCAGAAUGUGGCUCUGUGAGGUAUGGAUCGUCAUACCGCCAAUUUGCAUGCUUCAGUGGUCAGGCCGUAGACUACCUCCAGGUGUACUGCUCGUACGGUGAGACAGGUGACCCACCGUUUCUGGUUUGUUAGGCCCGCUCGGAUGAGUGUUGGUCCAAAAUAAUCCGAUCCUACAUAAGUAAAGGGUUUAACGUAGGUAGUCAAACGCGCGGCGGGUAGCGGUACCAUCCUAGGUACAUUAGGUGAUGCCCGAUAAAUCUUACACCAAGGACAUGUUUUGCGAACAGUCAUAACAGUUGUGCGAAGUCUAUGAAUGUUAAAUCGCCGUUUCACUUCGUUCACAACCGUUUUUUAGCGGACAUGUCCAUACUUUCUAUGGUACUAGUCCAGCAACAGUUUCGUAAUCACAUGGUUUUUCGAAAGUAUUACGCCAUCCAUCCCAGUUGAUCUAAAUUCAACCCCAGCCGAGGUCAUUGAGGUGAAAAAAUCUGUGGUCACGUCUUCCUUCGGAAGGGAAAUAAAGCCGUUGGUCCUUGGUCCAUAAGUUUGAUGGUUUGAUAUCUUGUCCAGAUAGUGGAGUCACCUCUCUGGUAAAGAAUUGCACCCCUAUAUUUAUUAACAAAUAUCCUCCUCCAGUGAUACUUUGUGGAGUGCGCAGUAGUAUACAUGGUCUCUAGCAAAAGCAAGUAUCGGACUAACAUCCCUUUCCUUCCGCUAUCUACGUUCAAGCCUGACCGGCGCCGGGAUUGAUCAAUACACUUUAGGAUUACCAAGAGUUGCCCAUUGAAAGAGGUUACGCUACUCCCAAGCGAAAUAUGCUGAUUCCUAGUGCAACUUCAGCUAGUCCAGAUCGAUAACGGAGUAGUAGCCAGGGGUGGUCGCACAAGCUCAAGCUCGUUCAGCUUUGUAUUCUGGACGUAAUAAAGAUGCACAAUUAUUGAUCGCUUCUCCUCGUAGUUUCCGUUGACAGUUGUCCACGAAUUUAUAGGUAUACGACACGGUCCGCAGCAGUCGUUCCUAUUUCGAAAAUCUCUGAAUAUCGACAAGUGUAAGUUGUUCUAGGUGAUGAGAAACGUGCCUCAAACGGAGUUCUUCAGAUGUGUCCACAGCAUGUGAUCCUAGUGUUGGCCACUGAGAUUCUGGUUUACAGAGAAACUCUGGUCUGCAGAACCAGCGAUCGUUUGCACAGAAGUUAAGUCCUUUUCCUACAUUUGGUGGCUUUAUCGGCUACAUUUUCAGCAGUUGCUACCCAUCAUUCAUUCAUUCACAGUCUAUUGUGCCAAGAUAUCGCUGACUCCGAAGGUUGCGAACGGAGUAUAAAGCCGGGGUUCCAUGCACCUAAUCCAAGAUAGCACUGGUGUAGAAUCACUCCAGAAAAAUCGUUGGGCGAUCGCCAGAGAAUGGCCCUUUUCGACAUUUGCGGACAAACGGCAGCCCAGCACUGCAGCUGGCAGCUCCAAACCAGGGAUUGUCAGAGCUUUCAAACGGUCCACCUUCGAUUUAGAUGCGACGAAUACUCCGAUCUUCGAUACGGAAGUAUACGGCACGGGUCGAUUAUGGCUUGUGCUGCUUUUGAAAACAGGUUGAUCCAUAUGUAGCUUUAUCCAUCACAAAUUGAUGUUCAUGGCUGAGGGUAUUCGCAGGGUACCCAACCGGAAGGAUGGCCAUCAAGCACGACUUGGCCAUUUCGUUGAAGGUUGGGCGCUGCUCAGUUUUUAGUUUCUAUCUAGGAUCCUGACCUUUAAUAUUUUUCGGUUGCGGUUUCUUCCUGCACCCACCAUUAUUCGGCGACUUCAUGUACGUUGAACGGGUUUGUGACCGUUUCUCUGCAGUCACCUAUAGCGUUUUUUCGCCGCUCCGCUUAAGUGACGAGUUCUUCCUGUUCCUCUUGUUUUAUUCUCGGAGCCCUCCGAUACACCCGUUGCUCCACCGGAUUGGUCUAUGUCCUUCCUGGUCACUGUCCGAUCCUCGUCUCUAACACAUCAUCCUCCCACGAGCCAAGUUUGCAGCUCUCCAAGUUUGCUUUCCGCGCAAUCCUUCUCCUCUUCCACCUUCAUCGUCGCAACCUCCUUCAAACUCAUGUUUACAGUGUUCUUAGUGUUUUCCGUUUUGUUCCCACGAAUAGCUUGGGAAAGAAAGUCAACUCUGUCAGAGCCUCGCUUGACAGGGUAAGGGCAAAAAUACUGUGGGGUACGCCCUAGGAUUGGGGCCCACACUGUCACUUUCCCGAAUUCUAUGUUUAUGAAACAUCUUCUUGUUAUCCACACUGAUGGUCACAUGAGGUGGCCUAUAUCGGCUCAAAACAGCUGGUAGGGAAGUCAAUAUAUCUGGCCAUUUCAAAAGCUUUAUAUUCAACGAGAUUCCAUUGACCUUCGCAGAAGCGUCUCAGAUCACACGUACUUUUCAAGGCUUUUUUGGAUUGAUGACAGCCCCAAGGGGAAGAUAUCAAUCCCGCGUAGUCAGCCGAUCAGACUUCGGUCUUCGUAGCUUUGUGAGCGUACCCCUUUUGCUGAUAUUCACGACGCUGUCGAAUGAGAUUCUCGCGUAAUGCUGGGUUGGAUUUCAUUCGACGCUCCAAACAUUGGAGUCUUUGUUCAGCCAUCGAUUAGCUUCUGGGGAAUUCUAUAUAAACGUAUUUCCACAGUAAACCUGUUUCGAAGCCACCAUCUACUUUAAUAAAACUACAUCGAUUGCAAAGAAAACGUUCGACCGUAAUAUGGAGUUCGAGAUCGGUUGAGCGAUUUCCACUUCCUAUUCUGCCAUGGAUUGCCCAUCCAAGACAACAACGCGUAGCUUUUGAUUCGUUCCGUCGACCCUCUCGUUUCUAACGAGCCACACUGAGUUUUGAGUGUUCCCUCUUCGAUGAUGUUUCGCGGACCAGCAUCUCGGUAGCUUUCUAUUGGAAGCCCUCCGAGAUAAGGAACGCUUACAACCAAAUCUUCGUACACGAGUACUGUGAGAGGUUCUAAGUUAGGUUCAAUGCGGGAGAUGUCCGAAGUCCAGUUCAAGCAAAACGAGCUCAUUCGCGAUGUCUUUGUCCAGUAGAGUUUAUGAGGAACCAUCAUCCAGGAAAGUGAUUGAUGAAUUUGGUCCGUAAAACGUUACAGAAAUAACAUGAAACUCUAUAGAAUUAGCCACCUGUCGAUGUAUACUUACAGUUGCAGAAGUACCGGCUAAGUUUGUCUUCACUACUGGUUUCCUUAUUUUAACAAAUCGCUUCACUUCAUUGUUCUUUCCGGGGUGAAGUAGUUGAUGAUGGUGGGCGUCACAUCCAUCCACUCCACCUGGAUAUAUUGUAUGACAAGGCCAUUUUCCGUACCAAACGAGACAACGACAACGUAAUUGCUGAUUUUCGACAAGCCUACACCGUUUGUUGAGAUUCUGUGCCUUGAACUUUCCGCAAUCCUAAACUUUUUGCCCAAUCUGUUGACGAAUAGGGCAGCAUUUCUGUUUCAGUUGAUCCUGAACUGCUCUGCCUAAACUGUUCUCAGGCCUUACCUUACCUAUACCUUCGAUCUCAUGAGGAUUCAAAAAUGCUUUAUCUCGGGAGGAAGGUCCUUUGGUUUUCUUAUUACCGUUACAGUUGUAACCUGGAAAAUCCAACCAGCGACAAACGUUUUUUAGUGCUAGUUUAGUUCCAUGAUGUUGGAAGUAGUGUGCUGUAUAGCGCAUCAUUGGACAAAUCCAGCACACUACUUCCGACGUGGUUCCAACACCAGAGAAAAUACGAUUGUCGCUGGUUGGAUUUUCCAGUUUUCAACCGCAACCAGAAUACUACUCCUUUUCGCUUCGACGAACAAUGAAACCUCACUGGCUUCCUCGAUGAUUGACGACAUGUAGUUCUCAAAUGUGGUAAUGUCAGUGAAGAGGACAUAAAAAACACAAUUGCAGCUGUUCAAGGUGGCGCCAGUAUUCCAUUAGCCUCUAAACAAUUCAAGGUUCCGUUCGAAACAUGUUGUGCUCGUGUGAAAGCAAAGUGCUCGUCAUCAAUGAAAGCGCGUCAGACAUUUCGUGUGAGUUUACAAUAUAACAAUUUAAGGUGUUGUUGAAGUGGAUAAUCGAAAAAACAUGAUCAAAAAAGAGAAGGAAAAGAAAUCCAAAAAAAUGCUCCGAAGCGCAAACGUGGUCGUCCCACAGCUAAACAACCACGUAAGCCGGAAUGCACAGGUUCUAUUCCACACUCUGGCGACGACGAGGACACCAAAGAAGUAUAACCAGACGCAUAAAACUAAUUAAAAAACUAUUAUUAUCAAAGUGUUUCCAGGUGUUUAACCUUUCCAACGAGUGCUUAUUUGUCCAAAUCAGUGCAAAAACACCAUCGCACGAGUUCGCCAAAAAACUGACCUAUGAUCCCACUCUACUCUAUUUAUACGUAAAUUCAUUAUGACUGAAGCAAUUACUGCUCUUGCAGAAUAAUCCUCUUAUAAUUUAUUUUGUGUAUAAAAUAUUGUUCAGUUAAAAUAUUGCAAAAUAAUUCAUAAAUAGACAUCAUUCGAUUUACAUGGCCAUAUUUUGCAUAUUUUGUGCGUUAAUGAGUUAUUGAAAAUAUAAUUCGCGAUCGUAGCAUGAUGCUACAAAAAACCAAAAAUUGAAAGAAUUUUUCGAAUGACAUAGUAUAGGUUCUAGAUCUAUUCAAACAACACAAAACUCCGUUUUGGGGCCAUGCAUAAAUGACGUAGCAUUUUGGGGGGUAGGGAGGGUAUACCAAAUUUGUUACGAAGUGUGACGAGGGGGAGGGUAGGGUCAGUAGUUCGGCGACGUAGCAUUAAGUUUAAAUUUUUUUGACGGACGUCAAACCCCAUUGAUAAGAGAAAACAAUUUAAUGUUCCUCUAUUCCCAAGAGAAAUAAAUUUAAGUUCACACAAGUUAAUUUCAUGCUGUUUUUCAUUAUGUAUAUUUUGCGAUUCAUGAAAUUACAAGCUUGCAAAAAUACGAAAAGAUUUUGUAUGCUGAUUUAAUUUAGUGCAUUAGUUAGAUAAAGUUGCCAACUAGUAAACUUAGUUUGGUAGCUGAAUUUGGAUUCAACCAAACAAAAAUUAGUAAUUUAGAUGAACGUAUGCUUGUUAUAAUCAUUGGCAGCUGCAGGAUGAGAGAACUUCUCUUCAUGCUCCCCUUGACAUAUAAAAUUCAAAACAAAACUAUCAACACUAUAUUUGUCAUGAAAUGGGCUUAUUUUGUACGCAAUUUGCUGUUAAAAUGAAAAUGUUGAUAAAAGUUGUCAAACAUUUUGAAUGGACAUGCAUUUGCAAUAAUUGUAAAACAUAUGUAAUUUUUUUUUCAUCCUCCGGCCGCGUUGCUCAGGAUGAGGGGGGAGUAGGUAAAUGCUACGUUAUUUACGAGGAGGAGGUUAGAAUUUUGUAAUCAAAUGCUAUGAGGGGGAAGAAGGGGUCAAAAAUCGACGAAAAAAGCUGCGUCAUUUGUAUACGGCCACUUAAAACAAUUUAAAACACCCUCAAAAUCUUGAUUUCUCGCAUUAAAAACAUUUUCUGGGACCUUCAGCACAAAGACGUUGGAUAAGUUGCUAUUUUUCAGCCUAUUUCCGAUUUUUCAAACUAUUCUGGAAAGAAGCAUAAUGAACGUUUAUAACGAAGAGUUAUGCAACACUGUUUUGUAAGAAAUAUUGUGUGAUUUUAAAACAAUAAUAUGAAAAUUAUUAUUUUUAGCGAUUUUUCAUGGAAACUGUGUGAAUGGCUCAACAUUUGUCCGAAAAAACAUUUAUAUUUUAAAAAUGCUAUGAAAGAGCAUUAAAUUUCGUGUCCAGCGGCAUUUUAAUCAUUUUUUCCCAAAUUAUGAAUUCUCCGUAUGGCAGUUAGAGUCAGGUACUCAAGUUAGUUCAAGCAGAAAACUAUAUACAACUAUAGUCGCCAUACUUUGCAAAUUAAUUGUAUUACGUUUAACCCACGGCAUCUUCCAGAGAUUAACACACCAUUUUCGGUUAUAUCGUCCCAGCGUAUAUAUUUAUUAUAUUUUACUGCUUUGUUUCUUAAUGCUGCAUUUUUGUUAUAUUAUUCUUUGCAUGUAAAACUUUACUCCUCAACUAUGCGGAGAACUUUAUUUAGUUUUUUUUUGUCUUUUAUUUCUUCUACUGCAGUUUUCAUGCAUAUAUGCUAGAAAAGGCAUAUCAGUUUUUUUACGUACCAUAAUGGCGGCCAACGACGUUCUGUUCGUAAUAUAUUAGCCCCAUAUAGUAUAGUUUACGCCAUCCGCCCGGUAACUGGAAGUCGUCCUACGUGAGUCAAAUGCGUUGAAAGUUUGUUGAACAAAGCCAAACAUUCCUAACUGGGCGUUGCUAUUUCGCUGACGUAAACUAUUGUCAGAAUAAGGACUGCUUGUAAAUUACGAAGAAGAUAAUCGUCCGCCAUUAUGAUACGUGGAAAACUGGAUAAAUCACUGCGUUUUACAUUUCAAUGCUGCAACGCUCACUUCUAUAAAAAAAACAUGUUGCACCGCGAUUUGAAGAAAGCCCUCUUGAACAAAGCUGGAUAUGUUAAAAAAAUUAAAGCGAACUGAUUACACACAAAUAAACUCAACUGCACAUCUUUGACAGUUCUCUAGUACUGUUUACACGAACUUCGAGCGAACCAAAUCGAUAAUUUUUUGAUAGUUCAUAUAAACAGUACUAGUGAACUGCCAAAAAGUGAAGUUAAUUGUAUCGGUAAAGAACUCUGUAGAGGAGAACCAUUUUGAAUUGUUAUGAAUUGCCAAAAAAGUUGUUUUUCAUACCUCUGUUUUCUUGCAUUGGGGUUUUUUAACAUAUCCAGUUUUCCAGCUGUUUUCGAAGAUCUGUAUAAUGUGAAAGCAUAGCCUCAACACAACAUCUCAAUGCAUUAAAAUAUUCUAAAAAACUGCACCACCCCGCCAUUUUGUUAUGGGGCUAAUAAGUGAUUACAAGCACUUCCAUAUUCAUUGGAUCGCCUGAACGCUAGAACCAAACAAACCCUUCUAAAGACAGUGUACAUUUAGAGCACUUUAACUAGUUAGAUAGAUGAACACAUAUCUUUUACAGAGAAUAAGAAAAAUCGUUAGACUAAUAAAACACUUGCUAGAUCUAUCUACAAUACAACUAGACAUUCCAUAUAUUUCAUCUUCAUUCAAUCAAACUGCUUAAUGCAAUGCUCGCAAUGAUUAGCACUAAUACUACAGCCGCGAAAUAAAGUUUUCAAGUCAGUUUGAAAUUAUCGAACAAAUACUAUUCUAACUUUUGACGCACUCACGCAAACAAGCUAGAGCAUUAAAUUGAACACACAACAUUGCAAACCUAUGGAACAAGAAUAUGACAAUAAGCAAGUUUUGAUCCCUCUUUCUCCAAGAUCUUUGGAUACUAAUUUUUCGAUACAUUUUACACGAUAACGCAAUAAAACUACGAACCGCGAGAGUUCGGCAUUAUAGUUCCGCCGAGGAAAAUAAGGACUCAACCACUGACAAUAACAAAAAUGCACAACUUUUCCGUAGAAUAUGAUCGAUUCUGAUUUGCUGAAUAAAACGCGGAUCACAACUAGCAGUCAGACAACGUUGGCUGCAUUUGAUUGUCAGACGUGAACAGCUCCUGUGACACAAUCACGAUGAACCCUUAGGUAUAUAUGGUGGCUGAUAUCAAUAAGAAUGCAGAAAGUUAUUGUUUUUCAUACAUACAUGCAAUCUAUAACCAUGUGAAAAUAACAGUUGUUGAAACAUAGGAAAAAUAUCGAUAGUUGAAUAAGUUACGGAAAUAAAUUCAUCUUGUACGUUGCCAAUUUUAUACUCCUGCCCAAUAUGACAUUAUAUUACUGCAUUUCACAUUACUCUUUUCUUUAAAAUUAUCAUAAUAUUCGGUUUCGGUGUUUGAAUUGUUGAAUCACAUAAUUCAGUGCGCGACCAGACAACACGCUCGAUGUCACGGUCACCCUCUUCUCAAUGAUUCUUCUUGUGGAAUUCAAAACGAUGGAGAUCGUAAUAUAACAUCUAAAGUAAAAAGCAUUAUUCUGCGUUAAAACGACGGAUUGCUCUUUCAAACGGAUGUCAUUAGUCAUUCUCAAUAACGAUAGAAACUCCAAACGACAGUCUGAUUGAAUCGAGCUAGAUUCGUUUGAAAAACCAACCCGUCGAAACACAAAAUAAAGCUAAUACGGGAACAUGGGGAAACUUGACCAAGCGCGAGAUUCUAAAAUUGGUAAUAACAUGUUCUAUUUGGUUCUUAAACUUUUUAAAAAAAAUAUUUUUAUACUUGUUUCGAUCCCUUCAGGUAAUUUUG